AUGAACGAUUCUCAUAAUCGUACAGUAAUACCUGUAACAGUUAAUUCAUCUGACGAUCAACGUUUUAUACCAUUUCGUUCAUCUGGAGCAGAAUCUGAUAUUUCUUCUCGUAUGUCCGUUAGAAUGAAAGAAUUUGAAGAAGAAUGUCAAAGAUGGCGUGAAAAAUUUUUUAAUGAAUCUCGUAUAGAACCAGGUGGGAUACCAUCAUCAUCAUUACCAUUAACACGGCCAAGAAUGCGUGUAGAUUUUCCUGAUUUUCCCGAAUUUUCAACUGAUUGGCCUGCGUGGAGAGGAAGUACAUUGACUAGUGGUAGUAAUAAUAAUCAACGGAGUUUUAUUGAAGAAGAUUAUGAUGGAAGAAAAAAAUAUAAAAUACAGUUUGAUAUUGGUGAAUUUAGACCCGAAGAAUUAAAUGUUAAAGUAGAAGGACGACUAUUAAUUGUUAAAGGCGAUAGACAAGUAAAAGUUGGUAAUGCAACCGAAUCGAAACAAUUCAAUCGUGAGUUAACAUUACCAGAAUUUGUUGACAUUCAAACAUUACAAUCGUACCUAUCUCCUGAUGGAAAACUAACGUUAGAAGCACCUGUUAUCAUGGAUCGUGUUUAUGGUUCAAAUGCAUCACAGUUAGAACAUCGCCAAGUAAAUCCGGGAAGAAUAGUUGACACAACAUUUAUCGGUGGAAGACAGCCUACAUCAUCGUUUGGAACUGGUGCAUUGGGUGUCGGAGGAAAUACACAAUCGUCAUAUUCAUCAACAUCUUCGUCAUCAUACAGACAAGAUGGCGGAAAAGAUUUCGGAAAUAGUAGUUUUCAUCGUAAUAGUCCACUAAGAGACCACAUAGCAUCUACAUCUUCAACAUCGUCAACAUUGGGUGGUGGAAGUAGUUUGUUAAAUAGUCAAGGACCAACCACGUAUUCGACAAUAACGUCUCGCCCUGAUUAUACAAUAAGCGAUAGAGGAGAUGGAACAAGAGUCAUUAACUAUACAUUUAAUCUGAGCGAAUUUGCUCAAGAAGAUAUUGCCAUUCACGUUAAUGAUACUAUGCUAAAAGUAACAGCCAGUAGAAAUGAACAAGAUGGUCAUAGUUCAUCCUUGAGAGAAUUCAAACGGGAAAUUGGUUUACCAGACGGAGCAGAAGCCAAAAAAAUAACGAGCACUCUAAGCUCUGAGGGUACAUUAAACAUUCAGAUACCCGUACAAGAUUAUCGACCAUUACCAACGCCCAUACCAUCCCAGCAAUAUAAUCUCGGUGGCGGAAUUGAUACAUAUUCAUUAGAUGAUCAACAAUUAAAAUUUACAUUUGAUUUAAGUGGUUAUAGACCUGAAGAUGUCAAUGUAAAAGUGAACGAAAAUCUAUUGAAAGUACAAGCUAUACAUAUCGAUAAUAGUCGUGGCAAUCAGAUUAAUCGAGAAUACAGUCGUCAAUACGCUCUACCAAAUUGGGUAGAUAUUGAUAGUUUAAGAGCAAAAAUGAGCGAAGAUAGUAUACUAACAGUCGAAGUACCCAUUCCUCAUGAUCGCAUUGGAUUACGUGGAAGCAAAUUACGAUAA